UUAAACAUGGGGGGUACGCAGAGUGAAGCUGGGAAACAACAAGAAGUCACUCGGUUCGGGAUUAUCGGUAAACUCAGUUGACCGACACGGACGAUAAUGCGUACCUCGGAAGGUGUACGUGUGGUUGUUUCUCCCCUCUUUGGACUCUAUGUGUUGGCUCUAUGUGGACGUUUUCAGCACGGAGGCCCGAGUCAAUGUUGAGUUUGUGCGAGCCCUGUGACGUUAGCUUGUGCGGCUAGCUGGCGACUUCAAACAAACUUGUCAACAGCGGAUCGAUCGGCGGUGCAACUCUGGGACUGUGUUCGACACUUGCUCGCUGGAGCACCGCCACGCUUUGUCGGUGCGUCAACGGAUUGUGAACCUCAAGCACUUUUUUCGGAGAGUGGGCUAUGAUGGCAACAUGACAGGAACUUCGUCAGCUUCAACAGGAACCAUGGAAGAGUUACAGCAGACUGGUUCUGAGCAGCACGACAGGGUCAACGGCUACUGUCAGCCCAAAUCCCCUCAGGAUACGGCUGAUGUUAGGUGGCCGGCGCCAGAGGGGGAGUCGCAGGGUUCAGACAGCUGCGGGGCUGCGAGUGCGUCGGAUCAAACGGACCUAGAAGACUUGAAAGCCAAUGAGAGUGAAGACAGGGAGGACAGAGAGAAGGAGGACGCAUCUGGUCAGAAAGGGGACCAGGAGAGAAAAGAAAGUCCAGAUGAAGAAAACAAUCACAGCAGUGCAGCAUCCAGCUACACGGACCUUUCCCACACACCUUCUCCCUCGCUGUCAGAGCAGCUGCGUCUGGGUCGAGAAGACAACACAGGCGCUGGCAUCAGCGUAGAGUGUAAGGUCUGUGGGGACAAGGCCUCUGGCUUCCACUAUGGUGUGCAUGCCUGUGAGGGUUGUAAGGGCUUUUUCCGACGAACCGUGCGAAUGAAAUUGGAAUAUGAGCGUUGUGAGCGUUCCUGCAAGAUUCAGAAAAAGAAUCGCAACAAGUGCCAAUAUUGUCGUUUCCAGAAGUGCCUAUCUUUGGGAAUGUCUCAUGAUGCAAUCCGAUAUGGUCGCAUGCCUGAGGCUGAGAGGAAGAAGCUGGUGGCCGGCCUGCUUGCUGAGGAGCUAAACGUCGGAAAACCGGGUGGCUCGGACUUGAAAACUUUGGCCAAACAAGUCAACACAGCGUACUUGAAGAACCUUAGUAUGACCAAGAAGAGGGCCCGCAGCAUCCUGAUGGGAAAAAACAGCAGCACAUCGCCAUUUGUGAUCUACGAUGUGGACACACUGUGGCAGGCUGAAAGUGGUUUGGUAUGGAGCCAGUUAGUUCCAGGCGCUCCCCUGACCAAGGAGAUCGGGGUCCACGUGUUCUACCGCUGCCAGUGCACUACAGUGGAGACGGUGCGAGAGCUCACCGAGUUUGCCAAGAGCAUUCCAGGGUUUGUCGACCUCUACCUUAACGACCAGGUAACGUUGCUGAAGUAUGGCGUUCACGAGGCUAUUUUUGCGAUGCUGCCGUCUCUCAUGAACAAAGAUGGACUCUUGGUGGCUAACGGUAAAGGCUUUGUGACCAGAGAAUUCCUGCGCAGCUUACGAAAGCCUUUCAGUGAGAUCAUGGAACCCAAGUUUGAGUUUGCUGUCAAGUUUAACGCUCUGGAGCUUGACGACAGUGACCUGGCCCUCUUUGUUGCUGCCAUUAUCCUCUGUGGAGAUCGCCCCGGCUUGAUGAACGUGAAACAGGUGGAGCAGAGUCAGGACAACAUCCUCCAGGCCUUGGACCUCCACCUGCAAGCAAACCACUCUGACUGUGUCUACCUCUUCCCCAAGCUGCUGCAGAAAAUGGCUGACCUGCGCCAGCUUGUUACAGAGAAUGCUCAGCUUGUCCAAAAGAUCAAAAAGACAGAGUCGGAGACUUCGCUCCACCCUCUACUACAGGAGAUCUACAAAGACAUGUAUUAGGCAUCUCCAGCACAAACUGCUUUAGCAAUACUGUUACAGACUGAAUGCAUGCUUAUAACAAUACACUGUGUUCAGUACAAACACUGUUCCACAUAAUGUCAUGUGCAUAUUUGUCAUCCUCGUCAGUACCGUAAGCACACAAUGUCAUUUGUGCUCGUGUGAUGAGCGUCUGGAAUGAUUUGCUGCAAGUCCCUCAAUUCCACUAAGGUCACAUAACUGAGAAUGGUAUGUUUUCUUACCGAAGCUGCUCCCAUUUCAACCUCCGAGCAGUGCUGAGCUGAUAGUAGUGUUUUUAGUGAGCUUCUCUCUCACUUUGGCUCAGCGCUUUGCUGGAAAGGGGAAACCUUUUAUGUUAACAUAUGCCGUGCUGCGAAGGAAAGCCAUCAGUUUGGAUGUCAACAGUUCUCAGUUUUUGGUCAAAGCGAAAUAUGCACAGGUUGCUUUUGUUUACAUCAUCAUUAAUCAGUGGCCUCUAUCUUUGCCACAAAGUAGGCAGGCUACAGCUGCGUGGAGCUGCCUUUGAAUGCAGAUCUGUGCAAUAAGUUAUCCAUCUGUCAGUUGACAUUCAAGUUAAUUUUUGGUUUUAUUUCAAAUCCUUCCACUCUCAUGCGAAACACCUGCUUCAACCAGUCUGUUUGGAAUAGUGGCGCUAUACAUGAUCCUCUCAAGUACAAGGGACAGUCAUUGUUUUUAGAUAGACAUGUAAAUGAUCACCAACUGACAUUUUAUGUGUCUUUUUCUUAGUUUACUCAUUGUAAUUACCGGUAUGUCCAUUUGUAAUUGUCAAUUAUAUUUGUAAAACAUGACCUAUCACAUCAUCUGUA